UAUGUUUGUUGUUAUUUUUACUCUGGCAUUUAUAACAGUACAUAUUGGGGCGGAAAUACCCUCCUAUAUUCAUGUAUGCGGCCGUAGAGACCCGAAUCUCGAACAGUGUAUCAUAAAUAACGUUGAGAAUUUGAAAGGAAAGAUCUGCGAUGGAAUUCCAGAAUUGGGCAUUCCAUCUGGAAAUCCAUAUACUUUUGAUAAACUACUCAUUACCGAUGGGCCUAACACCAAAAUUUACAUUAGAGAUGCAAAAGUAAUGGGAGCGUGUGAUUUUGACAUAAAAUUCCUUCACGCAGAUAUCGAUAGACUCCACUUCGAUGUUGAAAUAGUAUUCAAACGGAUCGAAAUAAACACCACAUAUGAUUUUAACAUACGUUUAUUGGUGCCUAUUGCUUAUAAGGGAUUGAUUCACCUAAUUAUAAAUAAUGUAGAAGCAACAGCAGACAUAGAUAUGAAUGUGACAACUAAAAAUAACACGAAAUAUAAUUUAUUGACUCAAAAUAACUAUCUUUUUUCUCAAGCGGAAUUAGACAAUUGCCUGAAAGAUGGCGAAAAUGUGUGGAAAGUGAAAGGAAUUACUUUGACUAGGUUAAUAUUUGUUCUUUUAUAA